AUGUCUUCACGAGACUUCAACCCCAACUUUAACAGCUUCCGGCGAAAUCGUUCCCGCUCCCGCGACCGGUUCCCAAGACCAGCCCCUUCCCGGACUGGCCCUGGUGACUACUCGAGAGACCGUGAUCGAGACCGAUAUCACGAACGCGACGACCGAUACCACGACCGUGACCCCCGCGACCGUGACCGUGAUCGCAGAAAUGACCGUGACCGCGAUUUGGACCUGAGCCGCACCUACCCACCACCACAAGACCAGCCAGCCAAGAUGGACCCGGACAGAGCCUCAGCCGAGCUGGUAAAGGCCUUUCGUCAAAUCAGCGACUUCAUGGCCCAGAAGACCCAGCUUGUCCUAAAGAAGGAUGCCGAGCUCAAGACACUGCACAAGAGAAAGCAAGACUACGAGCGCCAGAUCUCAGGACCAGUGCAGUUCCCGGCUGUACAAGACGCUUUCCAGCAGAUCCAGAACCACCACAAGAGCAAAUUGGCAGACAUCGACAAGGAGCUCGCCACUCUAACCCCCAAGGAAGACGCCGCCUUCAACAAGUAUGCGCACACGCUCGUGAGGGCUUUGCCAAUCGACGAGAUCAAAAUCCGCCAGUUUUUGGAAACAGCGAGAGGAGAGCCGGGCCCCGUCACCACAUCGUCUCAGUCAGCGCAAGAUGAACGACUCAAGAAGCUAGAGCAGCGACAGGCUGGCUUUGAGGAAACAUGGAAGAAGCAGAUAGCUUCUCUCAAGGAAAUGAAAGAGAAGCAAGCUAUGGAGUUGGCUGGGUACAGGGAGAAGGAUCGACUGCGCGCAGACGCGGCGAAAGAGAAUGAACAGCUGCGGGCAGAGGUGGCUUCUUUGAGAUCCGAAAUCACUGCCCUGACCAAACGCGUCGAGCUUGUCGAGCCAGUCGAAUCGUUCCGGCAAUACGUCGACAAACAAGUUGACUCGCUAAAGGCCGAGCUGAGCAAGGAGCUAGUGCAGGUGAAAUCCGAGUCAAUCGCCAACAAAACGCAGGGCAGUCCGGACUCAGUCCCGGAUGCUGCUUCGCAUCAGGAGAUGGUAGCUCUGGGACAGGAGUGUGGCAAGCUGAGCCGCGAAAUCGAGGAUCUGAGGAAGACCUCAGGUAGCCACACUGAACAGAUUGCGGUCCUGGAUACGGGUGUGAAAAACCACGAAGUCCUGUUAGCAAACAUCGACGUCGAGGGCCUCGAGGAUGUAAUGAAUGACUACACCGCCCUGAGCAGCCGAGUCACCGGCCAGGAUAUGGCCAUUGAUGAUGUCAAGAGAUCCGUGGCCCAAUGCCUUGGCAGAAUCCCUGAGAAGAUGCCCGCAGAUCUCCCGGCGAGUUUCAAAGCAUGGUCGGAUAGAUUUCUCGAGUUCUGCGGGACAAAAUUGGACGAACACACGAAGCAAAUCAAAUCUCUCGAGGAGUGCAGAUCGACCAUGGGUAACAUGUUGAGCGCCGAGGCUGCUUUGGCGCAGGCAAGUCGCCCGGCGAUCGAAUCAACUUCCAACAUUGGGACAAGUCUGACGUUGGAGUCCGAAGCCGUCGGACCUCGUGUGACAUCCGCUGAGUCUCGCUUGACAGAACUCGAGUCCAAGACUGUCACCAUCGACUCGAAAGUUACCGCCUUGCAGGAGCCUGUCUCUGCGCUUCAAAAUAGCUCGACUGCUUUGCGAGACAGCAUUACCACUCUUGGGAGCCAGGCGGACCAGCGAUAUGGAGCUCUGGAAACGAUGGUUGAGAGUCUGAGUAGUCAAUGGAGCAACAUGAAUACUACGCAGAUGGCUCAUCUCAUCCUGGAGCAGCUUAGCAGACUUCAGCCCGCUCAGCUUGUGCCUGAGAUACGGCACUUCCAGGAGAGGCUGGCGGAUGUGGAGAAAAUUGUUCAAGAGGACGGGGAGCAACGCAAGAACCUGACCAAGGGGAUGCGGUCCAUCUGUGACGAUAUCGGCAAGACACCUAAGCGAAGCCUGGCCUCCGAGGAGAAGUACCCAGGACGCCAGGAGAAGCGGGCCAGAAUAGAUGGCCAAAAUGGCGUGAAUGGCUAUGGCAACGGCUUUGCUCACCCAUAA